ACGACACCACGGCUGCUUGAAAGCAUACGUCCAUCAUCACCAUCCUCCUCUGCUUUUCUCCCUCCUCUUACCUUCGACAACUAUGGCGACACCUCGAGUAGACAGGUCCAAGAAGCCUUAUAGCCGAUCCGCGAACCGACCCCGAAGGUCAGAUGGUGACUGGCUGCACGACAAGGCACCUGGCGUGGCGCCAGCCCGACAGAGCGCCCCGACAGCCUCAACCGCCGCUGAUGCUUCCCCGAACACGAAGCUCCUCGUCUCAAACCUGCACUAUGAGGUGACACCAAAAGACCUCACUCAAGUCUUCGGUAUCAUAGGCACACUGGUUCGUGAGCCGUUAAUUAGGUACGACCGCAGCGGUCGCUCGACUGGCAUCGCCAUCAUCUCGUACGAGACUGCCGCCGAGGCGAAGCAGGCAUUGGCCCAGUACAAUGGCAAGCUCUGCAAAGGCCAGCCGAUGUCGAUUGAGUUCGACUCCGGCCCUCCGCCAAGAGCACGUCGUGCCAGCGCCCCAUCGUUGAUCAAUCGCAUUCAGAAGCCGAACCUACUCGACCGUCUGGGCGGUAGUGACUCUCAAGCUCAGGAUACCCGCGUUUCAACAAACGGCACUGGGCCCAUCCGCACAAAACGCGGCGACCGCGACCGCAAGCCCGCUCCGCGCGAGAAAAAGGCAAAGGCGCAGCCUAAGUCCGCAGAGCAGCUCGACAUGGAGCUCGACGCUUUUAUGCAGGACGAGACUCCCUCGAAUGCCGCUCCAGCGACUGAGGAUGUUGAGAUGAAGGUCUAAUUUUGGGGCGAUGGGUAAAAUAUGUUAUGGCACGGACUUCGUUUUCUUGCGUGGUCUUGUGGCGAAAUGACUUAUGUCCCUCGCACCCUUUUCAAUCUUCUUGUUAGCUCUUUACGAUACUUCUGCUUAGUGGUUAUCAAAAUCGGUAAAAGCACUUGCGAAAUCUGUUGAGUGAAGAUGUCGUUAUGUGUCGCAUAUAUGUCACUCAAGGACGACCUGAGGAGGUGUGG